GUCACUUAUGUCAAUUUUUGUUGGGUUUCGGGAUCGGGGUUUGUGAGCUUUUGCCACCUUUUGCUAAAGUUGGUGGUUCUGCAGCCUGUUCUAGUAAAUUUGUAUUUUUACAAUAUGUUAAAAAUGUCAGUGUUAGUAAUUCAUUUACAAUAUUUGUAUUAACUAAAAUUAAAAUGUUUAUUCGAACUUUAAAAGUAACUCUGCUAAAAUUCAAAGAAACAAUCCAAAUGGUAUGCAACAAAACUGAACUAUUGUAGAUAUUUUUGGUACGGUGCACGUUCUGGAAAAAAUGUAGUAUUGAAAAUUGUAAAUGUUUUCAACAUUCAUGGCAUUGUCCCAAAUUUUAAUAAAUUGUUCAGAAUGUUGCUAAUGUUGCUGCAGGUAAAACUAGUAGCACAAUGACCAGUUUUGAGAAUUCGGAUAAAUAUGUUUCUUAUCCAGUAGAAGUUAAUGAGAAGAAAACUGUACAACUUGAACCAUUUCAAAGUAUUCCUACUGAAAAUAGCCAACAUUCCAAUCAAGGUGUGAAUUACAAGUCGGACAAGCAAUUAUUGGUUUAUAACAAUUCAAAAUUUUUAGAGAAAAGUAAUUCUACAGUUACAGCUAUUGAUGAUAUUCCACAAUUGCAAAAACUUGAAAUAUCAGAUGGAAUUCCAGAUCCUAUUAUUGCUAUAAACACUACAGAUAAUGGUGAUAGUGGCUCAAUUGAUAAUCUUGCUGCUGAAAAUACAUUCAUAGAAGUUCUUUGCAACAAAAUGGACACAUUUAAUGAAGCAUCAACUGAUCCGGCCCUUAUGAAGAAUUCAUCAACCGACGAUUCAACAGACUUUGAUGUCUCGUAUUCGGAUUCUUCACCUCCCGUUGAAAGUGAUCAUGGAAUCGGGAGCAGCACUGUUAUUGAUCAGUCUCGUCAAUCAAUUGACAGUAAACUAGAACAUGAGAUUGAACGAUUGAACUGGCGGAUAAUGGAACUGGAAAAGGAAGCUUCACAUGAAGUUUGCCAGACUCGAGUGAAUGGGAUGGAGAGAUCGAUUGAACAACUAAAGCUGGAGAUCGAAUUGAGUCGACAGGAACAUUCAUUGACAACUCGCCAGUUUGCGAUCAAUAAGCUUGAAUACGAAAAGCAGAUUGAACAUUUGAAAAGAGAAUGCGAUUCGGCGAACAAAGAGAAAGAAGCGGCAGUCGUGCGUUAUGCAGUCGGCGAAAUGGAAGUGAUCACACAGAAAAAAGAGAGAGAAGGAUUUGAGAAGAAAUUGAAAGAAUGCAACAAAGAGAAAGAAGUACUCAUCAACAAAAUCAAAGUUCUAACAUCUGAAAAAAUAGAAUUAGUCAAAUACUCGAUAAUAAGCAUUGCUGCUAUCACUGAAAGGUGCACAGAACUGUCGACAGCUCAAAAGGAAGUGGAACAUAUGAAAGAUGAAAUGACAAAUCGUGAUAUUAAAUUGAAGUGGGUGCAGAAUAAAUUAAAAUCUGAAACUGAAGGUCGCAAGGAAGCUGAGGAAAAACUUGAUGAAAUUAAUGCUAAGGUUCAGUCGUCUCUACAAGAAGCUGAGAAAGCCAAACAGGAUGCUCUAGAGACUAUUCGACAAUUUCAAGAUUCUGAGGAAAACAAAGCCUUUACUCUAGGUCAAAAACUGAAGGAAGAGCAGGUGCAACUCAUGCUUGUGCAGCACGAAAAAGAAGACCGCGAACGCACCAUCCAACACUUGCACAGCGAAUUGCAAGUUUGUCGAGCAGAACUGCAGAGCACCGUCGAUGAGAACACCUCUUUGUCAGUCAAGAUUCAGCAACUAGAAAAAGAGCGAUUGGAGUACGAGCAAAAUAUCAAUCAGCUGAAAAGGUUGACUGACUCUCAAAGUCAAAUAAUUGUUGAGCUUCAAGCUUCUGUCCAAGAGAUGGAAUCUCUGCGAGCUAGAUUACAAUGUGAACAGGAGAGACUGGCCAGCAAUCAGAGUGAGAUGGAGCGGCUGAGACAGAGCAACAGCGACCUGAUUCAGGACAUGGAGAGCUGCAGGAAGCGUGAGGAGGAUAUGCUCGAAUUCACGCAGAAGUUGACGGCAAAAAAUGUGCGCUUGCAGUCUGAGUUCACGGUGGUUGAGGCCAGGGCUCAGCAGCUCGAGUUCGAGAAAGACCCCAUGCAGAAGCAGGUCGACGAGUUGCAAGCAAAGGUGUCUGCGCUUAGCAAAGAACUUUCGGAAGAGAAGACUGAGAGAGCUGAAGAGAGCAAAGUGUUGGCGAGGCAUGUAGCGGAGAAGACAACUCGGGUCAAAACACUUGAAUCGCAGAUUGACGACCUCACCAAUGAGGCUCAGAUCGUCAAAAGAAAGAAUGCAGCUACUCUCAGGGAGCUUAAUCGGGAAUUGGCGCAGUUGCGGAAGCGAGCUGUGGAGCUUCCUGUCGAUAGUGGCAGUGGAUCGCCGACCAGUUCAUGCACAUCACUCAAUGAGCAUCCUUCCUCCACUCCCAACAAUAUCUCUCUACAGAUGAAUUCGAAUUCCCAGAUGCUGAUCGAAAGGAUAGCGAAAUUGCAGAGAGAAAACGCAAAAGCCAUGGAAAAGAUAGACUUUCUAGAAGAACACACUAGAACUUUGGUGGAGGAGCUGCAGAAGAAAUCUCGUGUCCUCCAAAGCUAUAUACUAAGAGAAGAGGCUGGUGCUCUCUCGUCUAGAUCAAUGGAUUUGAACAAGACUGUACUUAAAGGAUGGUCUAAACUCAAAACCAAGGCUGAGCUUUCCAAGCACGGAGGAAUAAUGGCGUCAGUCUACGGCUCAAAAUCACUCGACGAGCAUAUGACAUUGGAACUGAGCUUGGAAAUCAACCGAAAAUUACAAGCUGUUCUAGAAGAUACUCUUCUCAAGAACAUCACUUUAAAGGAAAAUAUUGAUACAUUAGGAGAUGAGAUUGCCCGGCUGAGCCAUUCUAAGAGACUUCAGUCAUAGCAGAUGCAAACAAAGAGUACCCUUCACCCUCAUCAGUUGAUUUCAUGCGAUUCGCGGACAGUACAUACAUGAAUACUCAUUAACCUUUCGGCAGUCGCGCUGUAGUAAAAAGUACAACAGUAUCAGCUUUUUUGCUGCACAGUUGAAUGGGGUGGUGUCAGUGAAUGAGUCACCUAUGUAUUCCAAAACUUUCCCCCCAUCACUCCACUGAUUGCAGUAUCAACCGAGCAAUGGUUCAGUCUGUAGGUGCCAUUUAACCGCGACAGUGCAUAAGUAGCACUGUGCAUUCGAUAGGGAAAGACUGUAUACGGGGACUGUAAACGAACCAAUAACACAGAAUUGAUGGCUUUGCUUGAUGUACCUUAUUGGGCUAUGAAUUAGUAAUCAUCCUAAUGUUUAUAGGCUUAAAAUAAUUCAAGAAGAUGGAAAAAGUAAUUAUACAAUAAUUAAUUAAAAAUUUUUGACAGUAAACAGAGUACAUAACACAUGGAAAAUUGGAUGUUGUAAAAAAUACAACACGCGACUGCUCGUAAGAAUAGAGCACGACUAACGGAAGGUUAAAUCAAUUACCGUAAAUUUGGCACUGAAAACUUGAUUAUCAAGUGCAGGAUUUAAUUUCAUGUUGAACCUCCAAUUCUUUGUUUCAAGUUUAGGCCUACUACUCCAUACGUAUGCAUAAGUUUAUUGUUAAUGAAACAUAUUUUUGAUAUUACACAAGUUUAAAAAGCAGUACAGUAAUUUAUAUAGAAAAUGUAUUUACCGUAUUAGUAUUUCAAUAAUUUACUGUAUGGUAGCCUUCUUCAAAAUAUUCUUUAUGAAACAAUAACAUUCAAUUGUAUGUUGCAAAUUACAUUAAACUACCUAUCUAUUGA